CUACCCAAAUUGCCCGUUCCACCUUAAGUGGGGCAGCAGUUACGUUCUGCCGUGUCAGGCAGAGUUAAAAGUUAAAAACACCUCUUUCACAAACACAUUAGGUAUGGAUUCUUCUGUCCUUCUGUUUUCUGUAUCUUUUCCUGCAUUUGAGUGGUGUUAAAAACUGGGAAAUGUCAAAUUGCACUUGAACAGUAUUUACAAGUGGGAAACUUGUAUAUGCGCACAGCCAGUGUUGCCAGAUUGUAGGUGGAAUUGACAAGAGAAAAGUGUCUUGGCGUGUGGACAAAAUUUGGGCUAGUUUGUUAAUAUUUUAAUGUUUAUUGAUUAUCUGCAUUUCUAAAUAAUCCAGCAUACAUCAGAAGAGGUUUAACUCCUCCCCACAUCCAGUCAGUUAAACCUUAUAUAUAUACAUUUUAGUCACUCAUGUUGAGAGGAGUUUGUACCGUUCACAGUCUACAACAGUGGUCACUGUACCUGGUUUAUUAUGGAUGUAGUGGAUGUGCAUUCACAUCCAAUACGACAUAGAUCGUAAAAAUCCAACAAAGCUUUCAAGCAAUUUCAUCUUUUACAAUCACAAUUCACAGUUUUUGAGGAAGCUCAGAUUAAGCUGCAUCGUUGAACGAACUGGGAUAAACAUGAGUUAGCAGAACUUUUGAGAGAACUGUGAGAUAACCAACAAAACUAUACAGAGAAUUACCUUGCAAUUUUAAGUUAACAUGAUUUAAAAUUGUUUAUAGAGUCAUUUUUAUGUCAGUUUUAGAUCUUUUAAUGUGAUUUUAGUCUGAAGGGCGAACGUCCACAGGGCUCAUUCUACUCGUGUGUUUAUUUUUCAGUGAAUACACUGUAUUGGCAGGACACACUGACAUUGCCCGUAGUCACAGUGGACCCACACCUUUGUCCUCUUCCCAUUUCCACGGGCUCAGCAUGUCAUGGACUUGGUGUGCAGCCAUCUUUUGCCUUGCAUUUUGGCUUUGGCUUCUUAAUAACUAUAAAUACUGUUCAAGUCACGCUUCUCCAGCCAAACCAUGAAUUCACUCUGAAGCUAUAAACAUCCUGCCAUGCAGCAGCACACUCCUGUGCAGGUGAAGCGAGACUGAAGGAGGUCUUUUGACCCUACUGCCUCUGACCAGAGGAGAUAAGGUGGACAGGAGAGGGAGGAUUGACCUCCAUAUAUAAGACGAUGCCCAAGCAUGUGAUUGCAUUGCUGCCACUCGCCAUGCACUGGCUCCUCUUCUGUCUCUUUGCAGCCUUGGCUGCAAGUGAGAGCAUCAAUUAUGAGCCCACCCUGAACCCCAAAAAAACAUAUGAGUAUGAAUAUGAAGGAGUGGUGAAAAUCGGGCGUGACAUGGCAGACCUGGCCGAGUCUGGGGUCAAACUGCAAUGUACUUUCAAAAUCACUGGAGUAUCAAUUCAGACCUUUCUCCUUCAGAUCUACAAUAUGGUAUUUGAGGAGUUCAAUGGAAUUCCAGGACAGAGCUCAUUUAAGGCCUCACCCAACCUCACCAAACGCUUAACGGACGAACUCAACAGACCCUUCACGUUUGAAUACUCAAAGGGACAAAUAGGUGAUAUUAAGACAGGAGGCGAAGUCUCCAACACCAUUGUGAACAUAGUGAGAGGCAUUGUGGGAUUUCUGCAUGUUACAGUCAAGACCACCCAAAGAGUUUAUGAGCUUAAUGAGUUGGGAAUUCAUGGUGUAUGUCACAGUGCUUAUGCUAUUGAGGAGAAUGCAGCUUCCAAAGAAUUGUAUGUGACUCAGAUCGUUGACAUUAAUGAUUGCCAUCCAAAAGCUGCUAUGUAUCAGGGAAUGGCGCUGGCUGAGGAAAACAAAAACUCUCAACAGAGGGGUAAGAAUGCUAUUGCCACAGUGAAGUAUGCAUAUACAGUGAAGUCUGUAGAAGGUGGUGGUCUGAUUACAAAAGCUUCUGCUCUGGAAAGGCACCACUUUACUCCAUUCAACGUGAAGGGGGGCAACUGUAACCUGCAGGCCACGCGGAAUAUUGUGCUGCUCAAAGAGACGGACACUGUUGGGAAACCUGUGACUGGUCAAGUGAAAAGCAGGGGAAAUCUGAUGUAUAAGAUGGAGAAGAGUGUAGCUCCAAUUCCAGUUGUGAUGAUAAAACUAAAUGAUCCCGUAUCCAAGAUUGCCGACCUAAUCAAACGCUUGGCCCAAGAUAACAUCUACCAACUGAACAGCACCUCGAGUUCUGAUGUCCUUGCCCUUAUUCAACUCCUCCGAGCAUCAACAAAUGACGAUCUGGAGUCGUUGUGGAAGCAGCUAUCAGGAAAUAAUGAGCACAGGAGGUGGUUCUUGGACACAGUUGUUGAGGUGACAGAUGACAGGGUGCUCAAGUUUCUAGCAAACAGGUUCAAAGCUGGAGAUAUCUCUGCAAAUGAAGCUGGACAGGCACUUUUGGUGGCAUUUAACCAUCUAACAGCUGAGGUUGAACUAGUGGAGUCGGCAAAGGAAUUCUUGACCAUCCCCUUCAGUAAGUCCCAUCCUCUGCUUUGGAACACUGUGGUCUUAUCAUAUGGUUCUCUGGUGUACAGAGCAUGUGCUCGUGAGACCCCCUGUCCAGUCAACACAGUGCAGCCACUGCUUGAUAUGGCAAAUAACGGACUCGCUAAGAAGGACGAUAAAGAUAUGGUUCUUGCUCUGAAGGCUUUGGGAAACGCAGGCCACCCUUUAAGCAUUAAGACCAUAAUGAAGUUCCUUCCUGGUUUCUCUGUAAAGGCUGACAGCCUCUCCACCUGGGUUCAAACCGUGGCUGUGCAGUCUCUCCGACACCUCGCCAGCAGAGACCCUCUCUCAGUGCAGGACAUUACCCUAACCAUGUUUGCAGAUAGGACUCUUCCUACUGAAAUCAGAAUGCUAGCUUCUAUGAUCCUGCUGGAGACGAAGCCUUCCGUAGCUCUGAUCUCAGCUGUGGUGGAGCUGCUCCUGCAGGAGAUGGACCUCCAGGUGGCCAGCUUCACUUACUCUAAUCUCAGGGCCAUCUCACGCUCCCGCACGCCCGACAACCAGCACCUGUCCACUGCAUGCAAUAUUGCAGUGAAAGUACUUGCUGCGAAAUUUGGACACUUAAGUUACCGAUACAGCAAGGCUCUUCACUUGGAUUGGUUUCGUGAUGAGCUUUUGACCGGCAUGUCGAGAGAGUUUUAUGUACUGAGAAAUGGUACAAGUGCAAUACCCACAGAAAUCAUUUCAAAAGGAAAACUUUACUUCAUCGGAAGAAUACUUCAGCUUACCGAGCUUGGUGUUCGUGCAGAAGGCCUGAAAGAGCUGCUAACUGGCAGGUCUGAGAUCUCCGAGGAUUUUGGAGCCAUUGACUUUGCAACAAUCAUGAAAAUACUCUCAGAUUGGCAGUCUUUUCCCAAAAAUAAACCUCUCUUAUCUGUAUAUGCGAGGGUCUUUGGGCAAGAGGUCUCCUUUCUAGAUUUGGAUCUCGAUGUGGUUCAACAGAUUCUAAAGUCUGUGACUCUCACCUCAAGUAAAGAAAACAAAAUCUGGAACAUUAUUCAGCAUCUACAAAAUGGGGUAUCAUGGCACUGGACAAAGCCAUAUCUUAUACUGGAAACCCGAUUUAUUCAGCCAACGUGCCUUGGUCUGCCGGUCGAAAUCAGCAAAUAUUUAUCUGCACUGACUGCCAUUACUGUAAAUGCAAAAACGGUUAUUAAACCAACUCCAAAAGAGAACCUACGUGAACUGUUCAAUGCAGAUAUAUCCCUGCAAACUGAUGGAUUUUUCGGAGUGGCAAAGGAUUUUUUUGUUUUCCAUGGGAUCAAUACAGAGCUCUUUCAGAGCGGCGCCCAGCUGAACAGCAAGACGGUCAUGGCUUUGCCUUGGAAAACUGACUUGAAAUUGAAUGCCAAGGAAAAUAAUUAUGAGCUCAACUUCACCCCAUGCAAAAACACUAUGGAGCUCUUGUCAGUCAAUUCUGAUGUUUACGCUGUGUCAAGACAUAUUGAAGAUCCAAUGUCAGCCAAAAUGACUCCCAUGAUGCCAGAUGUUGGAGAUUUGGAACAAAGUUUCACAGCAAACAGGAGAGAAACAGACACAAUCAGAAAUGAUCAGGAUGAAGGUUCAGAGAUAUAUCACCCAAAACUGAAGUACUGUGCUCAAGCAAGCACUUACGGAACUGCAUUCUGCACUAAAGUGGAAGCUAAACGAGUCCAUUACCUUAAAGAAUAUCCUCUAUAUUACUUCUUAGGAUACACUCACUUCUCAUGUCAACUUGAGCCAGUCAGGUCGGUUAACCCUGUGGAAAAGAUUAAAAUCCAGAUCAGUAUUGGCCCUCAAAACCACAAAUCAGAGCUCAGUCAAAUGACGGUCACUCAACUGAUUCAGGGCACAGAUACUGCUCCUGAGCCUGUGAUCUCAGUGAGAGUGUUGGCCAUCAGUCCUAAUGUAAAGGAGGUGGGCUAUGAGGCUGCUGCCUAUUACACUCCAGCCAAACAAAGAGACGAUAUAGAACUGAUUGUUUCUGAGGUGGCUGAAGAGGUGAACUGGAAAAUUUGUGCUGACCUCAGUGUUCAAAAAAUCCAGGCAGAAGCAAAGGCCCAUUUCAAAUGGGGUGCUGAGUGUCAGACAUAUGAAGUGGCACUGAAGGUUUCUACUGCAGGCAUAACUGGACCGAAGCCCUUUGUAAAUGCAGAAAUUAACUGGGGAGAUGUGCCUUCAUUCAUGCAACUGUUGGGAAAAAGGGUUAAGGAAUACUUACCAGGUAUGUCCUACGUCAUGGGCUUCUAUCAGAAACAUGAGGAAAAUACUGAACAUGAAGUUUCAGCCAUGCUUGUGGCCUCGACUCAUGAGGGGUUUGAUGUCAAAGUCAAAAUUCCAGAGCUAACUGUGUAUCAGCAGGAAAUCCCCUCUCCGUUCGAAAUUGUGGGUGUUGAAAGUGAUAACAGCAACAUUUAUCAUAUGUAG